CAGUACUACGAGAUGUCGUACGGUAUCACCGUGGAGAUGCACAAGCAGACCGAGAUCGCCAAGAGGUUGAACGCAAUAAUCGUCCAGCUACUACCGUUCCUGGCACAAGAGCAUGGCUUGCAGCAUCAGCAGCAGGUGGCCAACGCCGUCGAGAGAGCGAAGCAAGUCACGACGACCGAGCUAAACGCUAUUAUUGGGCAACAACAGGGUCUACAGCAGCUACUGCAACAGAUUCACGCGCAGCAGCUGCCCCACGGAGCGGUGGUCGGCGGUCUUCCGCCAGGCGGAUUGUUGGGCUUCGCAGGUGCAGCCGCUGCGGCCGCAGCCGCGGUGGUUCCGCCGCAUCUAGCGCCGCCCCCGCAUCCGUCGGCCGCUGCGGUCCAGGCGCAAGCGCAGGCGCUCCUGAAACCGUCGGAUCUGCAACAGCACCGGGCGGCGGCGGAGACUCCCGAGGAUCGUAAGCCGAUCGCCCUCACCGACGACAGACUACGGCGAUCCGUUUCGCCGCCCGAGAAAUUCCGCAGCCGCACCCCCGACCUCGAGAGCGAUCCCAAGAGGCGGAAGGAGGAGAAGCUCGGACACAUGAAUAGAAUUUAAAAAAUCAGGGACACCAGGAGCGUUUUUUUUCACCGAAGCCCUUCGGUUCAUAUAUUUCUCGAAUAAAUUAAUAUUUCUGUAUGAAGAAAGGAAAAGAAAUAUAUGUUUUCUGGAAAUGUGUAUAAAUAAAUGUGUAAAGUUUGAAGAAUCUUUUGUCAACGGUGAGAAAAAAAAAAGAGUUCACGAAGAAACGCACCUCUUAGCGCGCUAAAAAAACGCCUUAAGGGAGUCUUCUGGUUAUUUAAUCUCUAUCUCCUCUACCUCUCCAAAGACGAAUGCAACGUCCUUAGAUUUGCAUAUUUAAACCUGCGCACUGUAGAGCACGUAGUAAGUUUUUCGUUUCUCCAUUUUGCUUGACGAGUUUGAUUAGUAUGUCGAGGGAAAAGUACACGGGCGAGAGUUGCCAAGGAAAAGAAAAUCUUAGCCAUCGUUGUUUCGAUUUUUUAGACACUUGACCCUAGAAUGGAAAGA